GGCCUACUUCCUCCCCACGUCCCAUGUGAUCUUCCUCGGUUAGUUUCCAGGCUUUCUGUCGGUCAGCGCGGAGCCGGAGAUGAUGAAUCAGAGGUUUGGGUUGUUGGUUGUUCUGGCCGUGGGCCUCCUCUGCCUCACGUUCACCCAGGUCUCUCGGUCUGAGGACCUGUUUGAGGACGACGUGGACGUGGACAUUGAGGAUGAACUGGCCGGAGUUGGGGACGAGGAGCUCGAAGCAGAAAUAGACGAAGAUGAAGCUCCGCCUGCUCCUAAAACUCCUCCUCCACCAAAGGUGACGUACAAAGCUCCAGAGCCCAUGGGGGAACACUUUUUCGCCGAGUCUUUUGACCGGGGGACACUUGAUGGCUGGGUGCAGUCCAUCGCUAAGAAGGACAACACUGAUGAAGACAUCGCCAAGUACGACGGUAAAUGGGAGGUGGAGGAGAUGAAGGACAGUAAACUGCCCGGCGACAAAGGUCUGGUCCUGAAGUCCAGAGCCAAACAUCACGCCAUCUCUGCCCAGCUGCUGCGACCUUUCACCUUUGACACCAUGCCCCUCAUCCUGCAGUAUGAAGUGAACUUCCAGUCAGGGAUCGACUGCGGCGGCGCUUAUGUCAAACUGCUGACUCAGACUCCAGACCUGGACCUGGCCCUGUUCAUGGACACGACUCCGUACACCAUCAUGUUUGGACCGGACAAAUGUGGAGAGGAUUACAAACUGCACUUCAUCUUCAGACACAAGAACCCCAAAACUGGAGAGUACGAAGAGAAACACGCCAAGAAGCCCGACGCAGACCUGAGGACGUACUACACCGACAAGAAGACACACCUGUACACGCUGGUGGUGAACCCUGACAACAGCUUCGAGGUUCUGAUUGACCACACGGUGGUUAACAGUGGCAGCCUGCUGACGGACGUGACCCCGCCCGUGAACCCGCCCGCCGAGAUCGAGGACCCGGACGACCACAAACCUGAGGACUGGGACGAGAGGCCCAAGAUCCAGGACCCCGACGCCGCCAAGCCCGAGGACUGGGACGAGGACGCCCCCGCCCAGAUUCCAGAUGAAGACGCCGUCAAACCGGACGGAUGGUUGGACGACGAGCCCGAGUACAUCGGCGACCCCGACGCCAUCAAACCCGAGGACUGGGACGAGGACAUGGACGGCGAGUGGGAGGCUCCUCAGGUCGCUAACCCCGCCUGCGAGACCGCCCCCGGCUGUGGCGCCUGGAAACGUCCCAUGAUUGACAACCCCAACCACAAGGGCAAGUGGAAGCCCCCCAUGAUCGACAACCCCAACUACCAGGGCGUGUGGAAACCCAGGAAGAUCCCUAACCCCACCUUCUUUGAAGACCUGCACCCGUUCAGGAUGACGGCGUUCAGCGCCGUGGGUCUGGAGCUCUGGUCCAUGACCUCCGACAUCUUCUUCGACAACUUCUUCAUCAGCAACGACCGCAACACGGCCGAGCGCUGGGCCGCGGACAGCUGGGGCCUGAAGAGGGCGGCGGAGAGCGCGGCCGAGCCUGGUCUGGCCACUCAGAUGCUGACCGCUGCAGAGGAGCGUCCCUGGCUCUGGGUCGUCUACGUCCUCACCGUCGCGUUACCGCUCGUCCUCAUCGUCGUCUUCUGCUGCACGGGCAAGAAGAAGAGCGCGGCGACGCCGGCCGAGUAUAAGAAAACAGACGAAGCUCAGCCCGAUGUGAAGGAGGAAGAGCAGGAGGAGGAAGACGACGAGGAGGAGGAGGAGGAGAAGAGCAGUCCAGAGGGAAAAAAGGACAAAGAGGAAAGUCCUGCAGAGGAAGAGGAGGACGUGAAGGAUGAAGAGCAGGACGGUGCUGACGAGAAGCUGGAGGACGACGUUCUGCGAAGAUCUCCCAGGAACAGGAAGGUCAGAAAAGACUGACGUCUCUACCUGAGAAACCCUGACCUCCAAACUCCGCCCACUCCAUCUCCAAUAGCCCCGCCCCCUGACCCUUACCCCACCCCCCCAUCCUCUGCUCUGAGGUGAUGAAGCUGAAAUGGAUCCACAGAAGCAGGGAAGCCGUCAGGAAGUUGAUGGAUGAACGCUGUGACGACGAUGAUGAUGAUGAAGAUGAUGAUGAAGAUGAAGAUGAUGACGACGAUGAUUCCAGUUUGACCAGGACUGAGUUAGUGAGAUUAACUGAGUUUAACUAAACCUUCCUGCAUCAUUCCUUAACGACACCCGAGCAAAACCCAAACCCCACGAGACCGACUCCUCCCCCGUCCGCUGAGCCACUGCCCGCCGCCACCUGCAAAAGCCCCGCCCACCCAGUUUCCUGACUGUCCAACUGACCUUUGACCUGUUAUGAAUGAUACGAGGAAGUGAGUUCACUGAACCUAACCAGCUACUAAUAAGUUAGCUGUUAGCUUUUAAUUAGCAUUAAUUAACCUAAUGAGAGUAGGUCUGCACCAGCUGUUUGGUUAAAUUAGCCGACACUGUGUCGUAACUAUGUAUCAGCCUGCUAAUUAUGCUAACACUACCCUCCAACUGCCACUGUCUCUGUAUGCUAGCCUUAAGCAGGAUGCUAAUUAGCCACAUGCUUACAACAGGAAAGGUUUUGAACACGACGGUGCCUCCUAGUGUUCAAAUGAUACAUUUGUGAACAACACUGAGUGCUAACAUCAGCUAGCAUGCGCUAAUGUCAACGCGAUUCGCUGAGUUAACCCGUUAACAACAUACAGAGUUAGAAAACGUCAUGGUUUCUGCUAACACAAGCUAGUUAGCCUGUUAGCAUCCUGAAGCUAGAUGCUAAUGUUUCUGACAAUGAGAACAAUGAGAACCACUAAUGUUUUUGUUUCAGACAUUACCCCAGUGUUGUAAUGAGUGUCUGUGUCCUGAUGGGGGCAGUAAAGGUCAGAGGGCAGUUGUUGUGAAGUCGCACACGGACGUCGUAGAUUUGGACGUACGAGCUCCUCGAAAUGCGAUCAUUUGAGAUGAAAAAAUGAAACUUUUAGCUUGAUGUAAAAUGAAAGGAUGUUUGUUUUUGUUUGAGCAGCAGCAGAAGAACGGACUCUCAGUCCUUCAUCGACCCCAAUGACAAAGAAACAGGCACUAAAGGAGAAAAACUCAGGCGCUUAUUAAACCUGUUCUUCUGCCGCUGCGCAAACGUCCGACACGCGUCCGACACGCGUCCGAUCGACCUCCUGAACUCAACUGCAGCGCCGCCAUCAGGACACGUCUGCCACUUUUCCAGAAAACGAGGCUACAGAUGCUAACGUGUGUGCUACUUUAAAUCAUGGAAGUUUUGUCAUGAAGGAAAACAAACUCGUGAGGUCACGUGAUCUAUCUGUGACUCCGCCUUGACGUUGUGAUGUCAUUUCAAACGUCUGAUGUCGAUGUGUUCGUCUUCCUUCUGGCGUCGACUUUGACUCGUUGACUAAACGCGUUUUUUUUUUUUUGUCCGUGUUUAGGGUCGUGAGGUGAAUGACAGAUUCCUGCUCCUAUGUCCAUGUGACCUUUAACCUUUAAGUUCCCUCCCCUUUAACAUGAGUGACACUCGUCAAGUUUUUUUAUUAUUAUUAUUAUUUGUUAUGUUUUUGCUGUAAAUCCAGUGUUUGAGGUUUUGGGAUGAAUCGUGCGGCGGUGGCGUCACAUUCCCGUCAGCCGCGUCCUCUAUAUUUGAGCCACUCUUCCUCUUGCUCCUCCUCUUCCUCCUGUUGCUCCUCCUCUUCCUCUCGUAGUGUGUGAUGUUUCCUCCUGAGGCUGCCUGUAGCUAACAGACUGUAUAGACUGAACACUGUAUCUGCUGGUGAGACUUUACGUGACUCUGUAACUUUAACUUUUUAUUAUUUUUUGUGUGAAACUAAUCUGUCGGCUCGGCGUGUUUCUGAAGCUCCGCCUUGAACAGGAACACUGAUGAUGAUGAUGAUGAUGAUGGAGCCUGGCGUGUGAAUGUGGACGUUCAGUCAACGUUUGUUUUGAUGAAUAAAAAGGCCAAAAUGGAAACUGAA